AGUAGGAGAAAGUGAAGAAAUUUGAGAAAAGAGACCAGGCAAUAAGUUAAAAGCUGUCUUGCUUUUAAAAUGAGUCUUUGCUUUCUUAGCAAAUUGUAAAAAAUAUUAAUUUUACAAAAGCUUAUUACUGAGAGUCUAAAAGAGUCUAGCAGAGGAAGGAUCUGAUUAUUUAAAAAAAAAUCGAAGAGCAGCAAUCAGGAAAAAAACACUGGCGAAUCCUUCUCUGACCUUUUAUUCUACGGUUGUAUUGUUUAUAGGGUAAAACAAUGGAAACUUGGUCAGUUGAUCAAGUCUGCAAUUGGUUGGUGGAGAAAAACUUAGGAGAGCUAGUUUCCAGGUUUCAAGAGGAAGAAAUAAGUGGAGCAGCUCUUCUAGCACUUAACGAUCGCAUGGUUCAGCAACUGGUGAAGAAAAUUGGUCACCAGGCUGUUCUGAUGGAUUUAAUUGAAAAAUAUAAGCAGAACAGCCAAGGACUGAGGCCUCCGGGAUCCCCUAGAGACACAGCACCAGGGACACAAGCAGAAGCAGCCCUGGAAGUGAAGCAGUGCUGCCGUCCAGCCAGCCUCAGAGAGCAGGUGCCAUCUUUCCAUCCUGCAGAAAGCCUUGACAGCGGACAGAUUGACCACAGAGUACUGAAACAGAGGAGCAACACGAAGCAUCUUCUAGCAAGGAAUAAAGCGUUGCAGUGGACCCGGUGCUAUGUGUUACCAGAGUUUCCCUAUGAUGUCAGAUGCAUGCUAGCAGAGCAGAAAGGUCCCGAUCACAGCAUGAGGAUACGGAUCAUUGAGUUUCUGCAGGCCGACAUGACCAAGUAUCUCCAAGGCUCACUGUACCCCACCGCCCAGCAGUACAACGACGUGGUCAACGCCCUGCUGCAGGCCCACCCUUUCCUGGAUGAGGACGGUUGUGGCUUCUUUGCAUGGAAAAGAGCUCUCAAAGAUCGCUUUAAAUAUGUUCGAAGACCCAUAGAAGACGAUGAACAAGUUAUGAGAAAUAAGUGCAAAUUUGGACACCGAAGAGGCCAGAGAAGAAAAUCUCUUGCUGAUACAAGAUUUGAUGAAAUUAAAACUAUCCAAAUAAAAGAAGAAUCUGUUUGUUUAGAUUCUGUGGUAGAAGAACACAUUAACUGGUUCCAGCAAGAGUAUGUGAAGGCCGAAAAGAACUGGGGAGAAGUUGAUAAAAGGAUGAGCCAGACCCUGGAAAUAAGAAGAAGGAUGAUUGGCAGCAGAAUGCCUCGGAGGGACAUUCUUAAAAUGUUUCCGUUCUUGAAGUGCCCUUAUCAGAUGUUCAGAGAAUUCCAACUUCUUACAAGAACAGAUAUUUAUAAGGAAAUGAGGCAUAUUUUGGAGUCCUAUUCAGAAAAUAUACUGACUGCUUUUCCAGCGGUGGACAGCCCCAUCAACACUGCACUGCAAGAAGCAGUGAAGCAGUGCACGGAUGAGGGCCUGCUGAAAUAUAUGAAGAUGACGGCCACAUGUUUACUCCUCCCAGAUGUCUUUGGGGAUGAUCCCAGCCUUUUUGCCGUUGUGAAUGAGAAGGUCCAAGUGUCCACACCUGUGUUGGAAGUUAAAAACCCUUUUGACGUCCGUGUCUGUGAAUUUUCUUUAUACUUGGACAAGGAGAAGCUCACAAAGGUGGAUGACUGCGUCACGGCCUUGGCAGCUCUAGUGGCUGCCUUUCAUAUAUUUGGGAUCAAGUGUCCAAGAAGACUGUCCCAAACCCUCAACUUCUUAGAGACGCUGAUCCUCGACACGCACAAUCCCCCUUGUCCUUCUUUGAAAGGGAAGGAAAAGGAAGUAGGAUUUCAGCCCCCAAUCACUUAACAACAUGCCAAAUGUUAAAUCAGAAGUUACCUGUGGGUCAGGUGAAACAUGAUAAAUAUCAUUCUAAUUUAGGGUUGGGAUAGAGGUAGGUAUUAGCAAAUCAUCUUGUAUCUAUCUUUACACUUCCUUCUUUGUGAAA